GAAAACAAACAAAGCCAGGCGAAACAAAACGCGUCCGCGUGGUCACGUCCUUCUCUUCUUCUUCUCCCCUUUGCCUCCUGUUCCAGCUCGCAGCAGCAUCCGGCGCCACUAAUUAAUCGCAGCUGUACGCAGCAGUAGCACCACCCGCCCGCUCCGUGCAGCUUACAAGCACCAGCGAGGAGAGUCGAGGCGCGCACGUGGGUGGGUCUGCGCGCGCCGUCCGCCUCCUCCACCAGGCCGCCGUCGCGGUCGUCGUCGUCCUAGAUCCAACAGCCUACGUCCCUGCUCGGACGCGUGCGCCGAGCGGAGGGACGAGCGAUGGCCGCCGGCCGUGGGCUCCCGCUCCUCCUCGUCAUCGCCGCCCUCCUGGUCGGGCUCGCCUCCGCUUCCCCCUUCAUCUCCGACGGCGUGUUCCAGGCGAGCGCCGGAUCUACCACGGGGAGGACCUUGCUGCAGGCCAAGAGGGAUUGUCCUGUGAACUUCGAGUUCCAAAACUACACCGUCAUCACAAGCAGGUGCAAAGGGCCGAAAUAUCCUCCUAAAGACUGCUGUGAUUCUUUCAAGGAAUUUGCAUGCCCGUUUAAUAACUACAUCAAUGAUGAAAGCAAUGACUGUGCAUCCACAAUGUUCAGCUACAUCAACCUCUAUGGCAAGUACCCACCAGGCCUGUUUGCCCACGAGUGCCGAGAAGGCAAGUUAGGUCUUUCUUGCGAAGGUGUCCCCCAGAAAGACGUUGUUAAAAGUGGUGUCCAAAGGGCUCGAAGCAGCUCGCUUGCUUUGAUUACUCUCAUGUGUGGACUAGUAGCAUUGUUCUUCCAGUAGGUGGUUGUGGUGGUGGUGAUACCUUUAUUUCUUCCAUGUUUUUCAAAUGAUGUUGAGCCUGAAUCCGCUGCUGCUCCUUAAGGCGCUCUUGAAAUUUUCCUUCUUGCAAUAUCUUGUAAUUUGAAGCUAUGUCAGAUUACAUAUUCUUUGGAAUCUCACCUGGUUGCCAACUUAGAAUUCACUGAUUGUCGCUGUAUCAUACCUCUCACACUGUAUUAUGUCUCACUCGUGUAUAAUGAUGAUAACUUUUUUUUUGGU